AUGAGUCUCACAGUCAACUCCAUCCAGGAGCGCCUUGGCGGCUACUAUACGCACCUCACCACCACCAAGACCGGUUCGGCUGUCCUGGCUGCCUUCGCCCUCUAUGCCGCCCGCAAGUUCUUCCAGCGUCGCAAGCGCAUUGCCGCACAGAAAGCGUGGUCCAACACUGCGAGCGAAGUGGCCGUCAUCACGGGAGGCUCUGGAGGCAUCGGCAUCGAGGUCGUCCAGCGCUUGGCGGCCAAGGGCGUUAAAGUGGCUAUCCUCGACCUCGUCGCACCGCGCGCCGACGUCCUUUCCGACAAGGUUCGCUUCUACAAGGCUGACAUGACCGACUACGACAGCAUUCUCGCUGCAUCCAAGCAGAUCGAGAAGGAUCUCGGUCCCGUUACGAUUCUGGUUAAUAACGCAGGUGUGGCGAACGAUGGUCAUAGCAUCGUCGAGUUCGAGCCCAAAAGGACCAAGCUCACCCUUGAAGUCAACCUACUCUCGCAGUUUUACACUCUCAAGAUCUUCCUCCCGCACAUGAUCCGCACCAACCACGGCCACAUCAUGGCUGUCGCCAGUGCCGCGUCCUUCAUCAUGCCCGCCGGUGGCGCUGAUUACGGUGCUUCCAAAGCUGGCGUCCUCUCGCUCCACGAAACGCUCCAGCUCGAGCUCCAACUCCUCCACCAGUCCCCCGGCGUCGUAUGCUCCAUCGUUCAUCCAUACUGGGUCAAGACAAACAUCGUAAAAACUGCAUUGAGUGAGGAGUAUCAGGCCAAGAUCAUGACGCCCGGUCUUGUUGGCCAAAAGAUGGCGGAUAAGCUGCUGAGUGGUCAAGGAGGCAGUCUCUACGUUCCGGGAUGGGUUGGAAACCUGGCCUUCAUUCGAGCUCUUCCUCAUGGCCUCCAGCACCGUAUCCGUGUCAAGGGCACCCUCGAUCUCCACAAGAAUGCUAACAAGAGCCGCACGCUCCCGGCCAAGCAUUAG